AUGACCGAAGUCCGUCCGGAGCAGGUGCUCCCCAACGGGAGCCAACCAUUCUCGUUCAACCAGGCCUCCGCCAGCUCUUCGCGCAAAGAGUCGGACGACUCCAAGGCCCCGUUGCCUAAGGGCGUUGUCCUCGACAAGGAUGGCAAGCCCUGCCGCACCUGUACCUCUGUCGCAGCCUGGAAGAACCUAACCAGGCAAGCCAAAUCCGACAGCUCCCCAUCCACCAGCACCAGCACCAGCACCAGCACCACACCUACAGUCCCCCUCGCCGCCCCCACAAACCCCUCCCCAAGCACAAUUCCCCCAGAAUGCCCACCCGACGUUGAACAACUAGGCCGCUCAACCUGGACCCUGCUGCACUCUAUGGCCGCCACUUACCCAGAGACCGCGAACACCGAGCACCAAGACAACAUGAGCGGAUUCCUAAAGUUCUUUUCCAAGCUAUACCCAUGUUGGGUAUGCGCGGAUGAUUUCCAGACGUGGAUGGCGCAUCCGAGUGGGCGCAACCAACCGAAGCUGGGUGGUCGGAAAGAUUUCGGCUGGUGGCUUUGCGAGGCGCAUAAUGAAGUGAAUCGCAAACUGGGGAAGAAGGAGUUUGAUUGUCGGUUUUGGGAGGAGAGAUGGAGGACUGGGUGGAAGGAUGGACGUUGUGAUUGA